CCGGCCGACACGCUCAACUCGAUCAGAAACGUACAGACUAUCGACAACUCAUGGUUCCGCUGUGAAAAUGGCAGCUAGUCACCUAGCUAUAAAUGCCAAAUGAGCAGCUAUCUUUCGGAGUCGGCGGAGAGAAGAUAACCCAGAUUUGAAGCACCACCUGCGGUCAUUGAGAAGUUUGUGACGGGGGAUUUUUUUGAAGGGUGACGAGGCAGAAACACAAUGCCACAUUUCUUGUGGCCGGAGCCGCUGUCACCCGCUCAGUUGAAGCGGCUGGAGGAGCAUAAAUACAGCGCCGCUGGUCGGUCCCUGUUUGAGCCUCCGUGUCAGAUCUACUGGAACUGGCUCAUCCAGCAAAUCCCGACAUGGGUCGCACCAAACACCCUGACCAUUGUGGGACUGCUGGUCAACAUACUCUCCACGAUGGUGCUUGUGUAUUAUUGUCCCACGGCAACGGAGGAGGCUCCAUCAUGGGCCUUCGUCAUGAGCGCCCUGGGCCUCUUCAUCUACCAGUCUCUGGACGCCAUCGAUGGGAAGCAGGCGAGGCGGACAAACAGCAGCUCUCCGCUCGGGGAGCUCUUUGAUCACGGCUGCGAUGCCGUCUCCACAGUCUUUGUCGCUGUGGGAACAUGCAUUUCAUGUGGAAUAGGAAGAUACUCAAACUGGAUGUUCUUCUGCGGCUUUAUCGGUAUGUUUAUGUUCUUCUGCGCUCACUGGCAGACCUACGUGUCUGGGACGCUCCGCUUUGGGCUGAUUGACGUGACAGAGGUGCAGUUGGCCAUCAUGAUCAUGUAUAUGAUGACGGCUUUCGGGGGCGUUAGCCUCUGGCAAACGACGUUGCCCCUCAUUGGACUGAAGAUGUACGCCUUCCCCAUCGUAGGCAUCAUCGGAGGGGCGCUCUUCUCCUGCUACAACUACUUCCACGUGAUUCUGAACGGCGGCGUCGGUAAAAACGGCUCCACCGUGGCAGACACCAGCGUGUUGAGUCCUGGUCUGCACAUCGGCCUCAUCCUCACCCUGGCCUUCAUCAUUUUCAAGAAGUCCUCCAGCCACCUGUUCGAGCACCACCCCUGCCUGUACCUGCUCGCCUUCGGCAUGGUCAUCUCCAAGAUCUCCAACAAGCUGGUGGUCGCACACAUGACAAAGAGCGAGCUGCACCUCCCUGACACGGCCUUCAUAGGCCCGGGCCUCCUCUUCCUCAACCAGUACUUCAACAGCUUCAUCGAUGAGCACAUAGUCCUCUGGAUCGCCAUGGUCAUCUCCCUCCUGGAUCUUGCACGCUACUGUACGGGCGUGUGCCUCCAGAUCGCCUCGCACUUGCGCAUACGAGUCUUCAGCAUCACGCCGCAGCCGCCGAGCCACGCCCACCGAGACUGACGGCCUGCCCGGCGGGAGGAGGCGGGGGGGGACGCGGAUCUCUCCCCGCUCCUGAAAGCAGACGACGUAGACGAGGGCCGACCCUCGACCCUGAGCCACUGCAGCCUCGACAAAGUGACCACUUCGGAAUGAAAACUGCCUCUCCCCCACCAGAUGGAAAAAAAACAACGUAAACCUACAAAGUAACCAAAAAAACAAAAAAAAGGAAUGGGAAAAAGCAUGGCUCUAUUAAGAGUUAUCGAGGGCUCCCUGAGUUGGAACCGGUUCUUAAUUUUAGCUUCCAGUUUAAUGCAUAAUGUCAGAAAAUAAAGAUUUAACACGAUCAUGCUUUUUUCAACUCAGAUACCAAAAUCUUAUUCUGAACAGGUUCUAAACAGCUCGGGCAGAUAGCGGAGACGUUUGUCAAACCCGUGUGACGAUCGUUUAUUUACAUCUCUGAUGCCUGCCUGACCUGAAGGAGAACCUGUGAGGAGUUAACUCAAUCUUUUGUUGUAUUUAUGAAAUGAAUGUGACUAAAAAUCUGACAAGAAUCAGGGCUUCAAAAAAAAACAAAGAAUCAGAUUUUAAACCUCUAAAACCUCGUGAUUUCCAAUGAAGUGUUCGAUGUGGGCUGGCAGGGUGUUCACGGCGCCGUGCAGGGUGUGACGGUCUGUGUUAGUGCUGAAACCAACGACGACAUCGUUUUCUAUAAGGCUUCUCUUACAUCCAUUCAUCUCUGUAUGAAUCUUUUUUUUUUUUUUUUAAUUCUCUGUCGACUCAUCUCAUCCUACAGUCCUGGAAAUAAACAAAAACAAACGGGUGGCCUUUGGAGCGCCGUCGACUGAUGAAGCAUUAACACACGACUCGUUCUGCUUUCUUCUCUUCUUCUCCCUGAAGGGCUACAUGUUAAUUAUUUUGUGAUUGUACAGAGUUCAACUGAAGACGCCUUAAAUAUUUUUUUGUUGUAAUUACUGUUAAACUUGUGAAUAUUUAAAAACGGCUUUGUAUGUUUUUGUUUUUCCACUGAAGUAUCACACCACGCGCAGCAAAAGUAAAAAUACACACUACAUUUUUAUUUUUGUUUUAACUGUUCACUCAUGAAGGUACUUUAUCGAUAAGACAAACAUCUAAUGUAAAAGUGAGAGGAUUUAACCAUGAAAUAUGUUUAAUUAUCAACAUUUUAUUUUAAUGAUGGAUCAUUUCUGAACAGUUUUAAUCUGCUCCUCAUUCAGGUUCAGUGGGAUCAAAAGGGAAAACCAUGUAAGGGUAAACAAAACCAAUAAUGUUUUUUUAUUUGAUCAAAUGUUUUUGUUUUUUUUUCCUGCUUGUGCAGGACGGUGGACACUAUAGAGGGGGCAUGCCAUUCACUGAUGAUUUUUUGCAUAACUGACCAUGGACUUUUUAAACUAUGCAUUGAAGAACUUUGAUUUCAACACCAUGUUGCACUGUACUAUAACACAGAGACAAAAACACCUUUCUACUAACAGAUAAGAGUGGAAAUGAUUGUAAUAAAGAAAGUAUUUUUCAUGCGA